AUGGCCUCGCCCACUGGGCUUGUGACCGCCCACGGGAAGAGCGUGCGUGGUUUCUGAGAGAAGCCUAGAGAGAGCAGAGAGCGUCUCAUCAGCUGGAGCUAAAUACACCUUUAAGAAGAUGGCGGAACAAAUUCGUUCCUGUUCUGUUUGUGGAAAUAAAACCUCAACAUUAUAUGCUUUGCCCAAGAAUGAGGAGCUGCGGACGAAAUGGUUGGAGUUUAUAUUUGGAGCACCGCCCGAUUUCUACAACGCGUCCCUAGUCGUGUGUUGUGAUCAUUUCCACGAGAGUGACUUUACUAACUACGGUGCCUACAGUAGAGGAUUUUCUUCGAGGUUGAUCUUAAAACCUGGAGUUUUACCGUCACUGCGAUCGACCGCCACAGACUCACAGACUCGCAAAUCACAGACAUUGGUGACUCCCCAUUCACUUCCGCGCCGCAUUCAUACCUGCACCCAAACAGACACUCCUAGCCGGACAUGUCGGGCUACACAACUUUCUAUGAGUACAUUAGGCCAUCGCUUUAGAAGCAAAGGUACCCAAACAGAUUCCCUCGUUGCCACUACGACUAUCGCCACAAGUACCCUGGAUGCACCAUGGGGGCCUGCUAACUCAGCACCCCUCAGGACUGUUUAUCCAAGGCCAGCAAAAAGACCUCGGGUAUAUGAAGAGGAAGAAGAUGAAGAAGAAAAGGAGGAGGAUAAGGAAGAGGAGAAAGAGGAGGAGAAGAAGGAGGAGGAAAAGGAGUAUAAGGAGGAGGAAAAGGAGUAUAAGGAGGAGUAUAAGGAGGAGUAUAAGGAGGAGUGUAAGGAGGAGUAUAAGGAGGAUAAGGAGGAGUGUAAGGAGGAGUAUGAGGAAGAGGAUGAAUGUCACACCAUUACAAUUAAACUUGAACCCUAUGACUUCCACCUGUGAUUCAGCGCAAUGUGCCGUAACAAAAAUCUUUAAAGCUUAUGAAUGUGUUUUGGCAUGUCAUUUCAUCUAAGUGACAAUAUAUUGAUGGACAUUGACAUGUCUUUGCAUUAAUACUGUGCUUUUAAAAACUAACAUUGUGGGUGUAUAUAUUGCCAUUUGUCUUAAACAGCGAUAUGUCUUCAGCUGGACGCAAACUAAAUGGUAAUAACUGGUUUUAAAUGUCCAGUCUGCACUUGGGUGCCCGUUGCAAAGACCCACAGAUGAGGAACGUUUUAUCUAUUGCAUUUUGCCAAGCCAUGUAAGCAACAUACAACUGUCAGCAUACACAUUCAACAUUGUUUUUAUGUUUUUUUUGUUUGUUUGUUUUUUUUCCCGUGUGCUUUUUUUGGUAUUGAAAGUACAUGCAAAGCACAAUAAUAAAAAUAAAAAAAACGUCUUUUCAUAAAUAU